UUGGCCAGCUCAAAGCAUUUAAUGGAAGAUGAUCAAUCUCAACCAUCAACAUCAAAAAUUUCAGAAGAUCACGAUGAUGGUUCUUUUGUAACCACAUUGACUAGUAUUAUGGACACGGAGAUUAGAAAUAAGUCUUUACUGAGCAGUUCAAUAAAGGAUGCAUUUGAUCGAAUUUCAUCUAAUAAAGCUGGUGAUACGAAGUAUAACAGAAUUGUUCAAGCAUUGAUAUUUUUUAUCUGUAAAGAUAUACGUCCAUUUAACAUAGUUGAAGGUGAAGGUUUUUUAAGACUUGUAAAAGAACUGGAAACUACUUUUAAAGUUCCUGGUGCAAAAUAUUUAAAGAAAAGGACUACCGAAAAGUAUGAAGCUUGUGUUACUAUUUGUAAGUCCAAAUUAUCCAAGAUAGACAAUUUCUGUUUAACGCUAGACAUAUGGACAGAGACAAUGAAUGAAGUAGGAUUAAUGGGCGUCACCAUACAUUUUGUAGAAAAUGGUAAAAUGUGUAUGUAUUAUCUUGCAACUCAUGCAUUAAAUGAGCGACAUACAGCUGAUUAUAUAUCGUAA